CCGCCAUGCCCUCGGCCAAACAAAGGGGCUCCAAGGGCGGCCACGGCGCCGCGAGCCCCUCGGAGAAGGGCGCCCACCCGUCGGGCGGCGCGGAUGACGUGGCCAGGAAGCCGCCGCCGGCGCCGCAGCAGCCGCCGCCGCCCGCGCCGCACCCGCAGCAGCACCCGCAGACCCCGGCGCACGGCCGGGGCGGCCACCGCGGGGGCGCCCGCUCCGCCGCCGCGGCCGCCGCGUCCUCCGCCGGCCCGCGCCGCCUCGCCCGGGCGCUCCACCUCCUCUUCUACCUCGCCCCGGUGGCCGCCGUCGCCUUCUCCGGCUGGUGCGUCCACCACGUCCUGGACAAGGUCCAGCAGGUCCAGAGCAGCCACCAGGACUUCUCCCGGCAGCGGGAGGAGCUGAGCCAGGGCUUGCAGGGCGUCGAGCAGAAGGUGCAGUCUCUGCAAGCCACGUUUGGGACCUUUGAGUCCAUCUUGAGAAGCUCCCAGCAUAAGCAGGACCUCACGGAGAAGGUGGUGAAGCAAGGAGAGAGUGAGAUCAACCGCAUCAGUGAAGUACUGCAGAAGCUGCAGAACGAGAUCCUCAAAGACCUCUCGGACGGCAUCCAUGUGGUCAAAGAUGCCCGCGAGCGGGACUUCACGUCCCUGGAAAACACGGUGGAAGAGCGGCUGACGGAGCUCACCAAGUCCAUCAAUGACAACAUCGCCAUCUUCACCGAAGUCCAGAAGAGGAGCCAGAAGGAAAUUAAUGACGUGAAGGCAAAGGUCGCCUCUCUAGAAGAAUCCAAGGGGCACAAGCAGGAGCUGAAGGCCCUAAAGGAAGAGGUGGAGAAGAUACAGACCUCUGUGAAGUCCAGGGACCGGGACAUGGAGGCCCUGAGGAGCUCGCUGCAGACAAUGGAGUCUGACAUCUACACAGAGGUGCGGGAACUGGUGAGUCUCAAGCAGGAGCAGCAGGCAUUCAAGGAGGUGGCGGACACAGAGCGUGCAGCCCUGCAGGCCCUUUCUGAGAAACUCCUCCAAGCUGAGGAGUCUACCUCCCGCCUCCCCCAGGAGAUCAGGAGGCUGGAAGAAGAGCUACGCCAGCUGAAGGCCGAGGCUCAGAGGCCCCAGGAAGAUGGUGAUUUGCAAAGCUUCAAUGCCUUAGAUGCUCUCCAGAAGAAGAAUCAGGGACUGGACUCCAGGCUCCAGAGUGUAGAGGACGGAGUCCAUUCAGUUCAGGUGGCCUCUGCACGCCAGACCGAGAGCCUAGAAUCACUCCUGUCUAAGAGCCAGGAGCACGAACAACGCCUGGCUAUGCUCCAGGGACACCUAGAAGGCCUGGGGUCCUCCCCUGGGGCAGACAAGGACGCCCUGGCGGGCACGGUGCGGAGCCUGGGGGAGGCCCAGCUGGCCCUGUACAGUGACGUGGAGGACCUGAAGAGAAGCGUGGGCGAGCUACCCAGCACCAUGGAGUCGCUGCAGAAAGUCCAGGAGCAGGUGCACACGCUGCUCGGCCAGGCCCAGGCCCAGGCCGCCCAUCUGCCUCCUCAGGAGUUCCUGGACAAACUUGCUUCUCUAGACAACCUGAAAUCCUCAGUGAGUCAAGUGGAGUCAGACUUGAAGAUGCUCAGGACUGCCGUGGACAGUUUGGUCGCUUACUCAGUCAAAAUUGAAACCAACGAGAACAAUCUAGAGUCAGUCAAGGGUUUGCUAGAUGACCUGAGGAAUGAUCUAGAUCGGUUGUUUGUAAAAGUUGAAAAGAUUCACGAGAAGAUCUAAAUGGACUGUGUGUGUGCAAGGCGCGUCCCAUUUCUCAUGACCAAAAAAAAAAAAAAAGUGAUGGUUUCUUUCCACGUACCCUUUCCCGUUUCUUGUCUCCCCUUGAAGAACAAAAGACGCCAUCUGAACACCAAGCCAUUGUAUUCUGUGCCUGGUUAAUUUAUUUGUAAUUAACACACACACACACACACACACACACACACACACACACACACAUACUUUGUUUCUUAAGGUCUCUGCUUCUGCUUUGGGUUGGUUUCCGAAGGCCCAGCCCUUUUUAGAAAGGAUGUGUGUCCUGUCAGACGAAUGACAGCAGCUUCAACUGGGCUUCAUGGGAGCAGAUGAACCUCAAAAACAAAAACCUGUUUGGCAGACAGAUUUCAAGUUUAAAAAAAGAAUAGGGGGCGCUUUUUUUUUUUCUAACCGUCUUUAAGGAAAAUUGAUUUUAUGUAUUUUUUUAUAUUCUUGGCAGAAGUUUUUAUGAGAUACCUUUCACUUGUUGUCUUCCACUUAAAACCGGUUCAAAUUCAUAGGUGUCAGCUCUGAAUAGGGAAGGGGAAAGCUGCCUCCCCCUUAGCUUAUUUUAAAAGAAUCAGCUAGUGGGGGGUCACCCCCAAGAUGUGACUUUCCCUCUCAUCAUCUUGUGAUUUCAGAGGUGACUACACAAGAGUCCAGAUGGCUGUGAAUGGAAAGUACAGCACCCAGAGGCCCAGGACCUUUGCUGUUCUUGUCCUAGGUGUCCAGUCGGGGUCAGCUCUUAGGAGGCCUACCCAAUGAUACGUACGUUUAGUGUCCCAGGAAGGAGAACCUUUGGGCUUUUGAGAAAUGGUUAAGAGCUGUCCAUAUAAGAAUAGGGUGCCCUGCUUGGGAGUGUAGGCUGAAUCUUUUAACUCUAUGGAGUUGAAGGGGUCUGUUGGGGCCGGAGGGGUCUGUAGGCCCACCUAUCUGUCAGUGAGGUCCCUUCCCUUUGAGCUGUAUUGUUCUUUCAUGGUCGUCUUGCCCUUCUAAGAAAAAGAAAAGAAAAAAAACCCAUAAAAAACAAGAAAAAAAAGCCAAAAAAGAAAAAAAAAAAAGGUUUGUUUAGUUUACUGUGAACUGAACGGUAUGGCUUAUUUACAGUAUUUUUAAUUCUUAAUAAACACUUGAGCUUUGUUACAA